ACAGCCUUUGAACAGCCGUAGACCCAAUCGUUCCGCAGCAGCCGCAGCACCAAGAGGCCUUGAACAGUCCGCAGACCCUGUUGUCCAGACCCUGAUCACAGCCCCAAGAUGUCGCGAGGUCUCGUGCUUUUCAUCGUCGCCGCGGCAGCAGCGUCGGCGCAGGCCGCCUAUUCGGCUUGCUAUUUGGCGUUGUCUGAUGCCAGAAAUGCUGUGGAAAAAACGGCGUCGCCUGCUUGCUCGCCACAGUACACUGCGGAUAUUGAGAAAUUUAUGGCAAACCCGAACUGCUCCUACUUCGCUAAACUGUAUGAUGCGGCUACAUGCGAUCCAAUUGUUGCCAGGUUCUCGAAGUGCAUGGUGAAAGCAGCCAAACUUCUGCAAGGAGGCAAUACGUUCAACGACGCGGCCUUCAAAGCAACCACAUUGCUGAACAAAUGCAGCGCUGACGCCAAGUUCAUAGCCGCCUACCCUACGUGCAAGAACUCCACCAUGAAAUAUAUGAACUUAAACCGACUAUUCCAAUGUCUCAUGAAAGCUGUAUAUUGACGGGUGAUGUCACGGAAGAACAUGGACGGGUGAUGUCACGGAAGAACAUGGACGGGUGAUGUCGCGGAAGAACAUGGACGGGUGAUGUCACGGGAGAAUAUGGACGGGUGAUGUCGCGGAAGAACAUGGACGGGUGAUGUCACGGGAGAACAUUGAAAUGAGCCAGAAGAAGACGAACUGAGCAUCAGAAGACUUUUCUUAUUCCUUAACCAAUUCCUUUCCGCUUAGAUGGAUUGCUGACGAGAAUAUUGGUAUUGUUGCUAUUUCGAAUUCGGGACGUCUUCGAUUAUUUUUGUAGCUGCGUGUUUCGAUCUUUGGUUUUCGGAUUUUUUAAAAUCGAGUUUCACUCUCACUUCUCCAUAAAAUAGAUAUUCGGGAUAAGGAAGCUGGAUGCAUUUACUAUACCCACACUAAUGAGCAUUUAUCCGUUUGCAUAAAUUAUUCAUGAGUUGUACUGUCACGCGCAGUUUCUGGGAUAUGAUCUACAUAUAUUAUCUAUCAACACAAUAAAUGAUUUGAAUGCU